GGAGACGAAUACGGAUAUAACGCAACGAAAAAUAAUAUUUAAUAUAGAGAGUACGGAGAAAGCAAUAAAAGACAGAAAAAGGGAAAAAGGGUUUCAGUAAACGUAUCCACAAUGGCGGACACGAACGAACAACAAACGUUGUCCGAGCCACACACGAACGGAGUAAUGGACGGUUUGACGGAAGAUGAGAAAAGUAAAAUGAGACCUGCCGAUAUUGACGCGGAUAUGAGAGAAAUGGAGAGGAGGAAGAGAGUUGAGAUGAUGAUGAACUCACGAUUGUUUCGAGAGGAACUGGAACGAAUAAUUGAAACGCAAAUGAAAGACGGUGCUGGGCCAACAGGUCUUCUACAACAAAUCUCGGAUAUGAUGGGUGCGCAAGGUGCUCGGUUCAACGGAAAUGUCUUUAAAAAUUCAAACUGCGUAUUACCUAUCAAUGAUAUACGUGGAGUUGAAAGUAUGGGUUAUGCAAAGGGAGAAAAAUUGUUGCGCUGCAAGUUAGCGGCAGUGUUCAGAUUGCUCGAUCUUUACGGUUGGACUCAGGGUGUAGGCGGACAAAUUACAGCUCGAUUGAACCAAGAUCAGGAACACUUUUUGGUUAAUCCUUAUGGGUUGCUUUACCACGAAGUGACUGCUUCGAGUUUAGUUAAAAUCGACAUGCAAGGAACGAUCGUGGAACAGGGAACUACUAACUUUGGGGUUCACGUGACAGGAUUUCAAUUGCACUCGACGAUUCAUGCUGCCAGGCCUGAUAUCAAGUGUAUCGUUCAUAUUACCACUCCGUCCGUUACUGCUAUUUCCUCUUUGAAGUGCGGAUUAUUGCCAAUCGGUCAAGAGAGUAUAGUAAUAGGGGAGGUGAGCACACAUCAGUACAUAGGUGGGUCCUUUGAACCAGAGGAGAAGGAAAAGAUAACCAGAAAUCUUGGCCCGGUGAAUAAAGUGAUGCUGCUAACGAAUCGUGGUGCUCUCUGUUGCGGAGAAACUGUCGAGGAAGCUUUCUUCAAUGUUUACAACACGGUGUUGGCUUGCGAGACGCAACUAAAACUGAUGCCCGCCGGACUCGAUAAUCUGAAUCUUAUUUCUGAAGAAACGAAGAAAGCUGUAUUCGAGGCCUCGAGGAAACCGCCUACUCCGCAGCAAGCAGCUCCAAUCUCCGAAAGCACAGCUUUAGCUGAAAAACUUGAAAAACGUUGGCGAAUCGGUGGAACUGAGUUUGAAGCGCUCAUGAGGAUGCUCGAUAAUGCUGGAUUCCGUACGGGUUACAUAUAUAGAAAUCCAUUGGUAAAAGGAGAGCCACCACGACCUAGAAAUGACGUCGAAGUACCACCAGCAGUCUCGUCUUUAGGAUACCUGCUUGAAGAGGAGGAACUAUAUAAACAAGGGCUGUGGAAAGGUGGUCGCAAAGGCACGGACAGGUCACGUUGGCUAAAUUCACCUAAUGUGUAUCAGAAGGUUGAAAUACUAGAGACCGGAACUCCGGACCCGAAAAAGAUCACCAAGUGGGUGUCAGACGGCUCUCCGACCCAUAGCAGUACACCGGUGAAGAUCGAUGGUGCUCUUCAAUUUGUACCGAAAAAUACCAAUCCAAAGGAAUUCAAACAAUUACAACAACAGAUCAAAGAUUAUCGACGGGCAGACAAGAUAUCGGCUGGGCCACAGUCACACAUAUUGGAAGGUGUUACGUGGGAAGAAGCGAAAAAAAUGCAGGAUGCCACCAUCAGCGGAACGGGGGAGCAAGUAGUUUUGGUAGGUGCAGCCAGUAAAGGUAUCAUUCAACGAGGCUUUCAGCACAACGCAAUGGUUUAUAAGACACCGUAUGCCAAAAAUCCAUUUGACGCCGUUACCGACCAAGAACUCGAUCAGUAUAAAAAGGAAGUCGAACGCAAACAGAAAGGAGACCCAUACGACGAAUCCCAGUCAGAAUCGGAGGCAUUGUCUUCGUUCAACGUUAGCCGCGCAACGCACGAAUCGAGUACUGCCAAAAGUCCGAUUCAAUCACCGGUUUCGGUAACUUCGGAAACAGAAGAAGAAAGUAGAGACGAACCCCGAGUACUGCGAAUAGAAACGAAACAAGUGCCUGCACCGAGUCAGCCAGAGGUUGUCCUAAGCGACGGAGAAAAUACCGUGAACGGGGAUCAUUCGGAUGCACAUCACAGUACAUUUUCACAAAGUAGCAAAGAGGGUUCCGUGUCGCAGGAUGUGAGCGUUAGCGAGGAAUCGCCAAAGAAGGAGAAGAAGAAGAAGAAAGGCCUUAGGACUCCGUCAUUCCUAAAGAAGAAGAAAGAAAAAAAGAAGCCAAUCGAGGCGUAGGUAGUCUUAAUUUUGACACUGCCACGAACAAAAGCUUAUUGCAAAUGAAUGAAGAAAUAAAUAAAUAAAUAAAUAAUUGAACGAAUAAAAAAGGAGUGGUACAGAAGAAAUGAUUACAACGCGAGACAGAAGAGUCGAAGAUCGCAAUACGAGAUCGCAAGAGAGCGUAUCUAGAAGACGAAUGAAAAUAGGAAAUAGGAAAUAGGAAAUAGAGAAUAGGAAAUAGAAGAUCGGGAAUCGAAUUAAUCGUGCAACAAUCACAGCAUCUUUCCAGGACUCAAGACUGCCAUCGCAUUACGUCUAUGAUAAGGAACUAUAUUGUACUGUUAAUGUUUUUACGUUUUUAAUUCGUUAAGGCGUCGCGCUGAUGUAUUUAAUCCGCUAUUUAAUUUCGCCUUCCCAGCCCCCGUUUGUGUAAUGCAAUAAAAAACAAUUAUGUACAUCUAAAAUUCACGGACCAACCAAAAACAAGUACACAUAUAUUUGUUGUUGUUGUGGUUGUUGUUGUUGGUUGGUUUGAUGUAUGUAUAUGUAGUUAUUCUUUUUUAUCGUUACUCUUGGUAUUAUCAGUGGAACACCAUGCUAAACCUAUAUACGUUUAUUUUUUGGAGCGAAGUAAAUGAUAUCGGUAUGUAAGUACAUGUGUAGGUGAUGUAGGUACUACGUCGUGUAUCCCGUUUUACGACGAAAAUGUUUCUAAGAUUUCGAUUUUCUGUUCUUGAUUCUCAUUAGUUCGUCGGCAAUUUCAAGCUAUAGAAUACUCGGAUAAAAUGCAUUCGCACUGGCAACGAUGCUGUUUAAUCGCCGCGUUGGCUUUUUCAAGUACAUCUAUAUACGUACGUACACACAUGUAGGUACUCUAGUCAAAUAUACUGACACAAUUGAUUUCUUUUCAGAUUUUAUUGCCGUGCCAUUACUGAUAGUUUAAUGGAACAGAAAAUGAGAGGUGAGUGAAAGGGGGGGAAGAAAGCAAACGUCGUUUCGGCGGUUUCGCGGAACAAAGGAAGAAGAAAA